CAUAGGGAUGUACAAAUUGAUGAAGAUUCCCACUGGGAUUGGGACAAGAGAUUUGUUGUGAAGAAUGUUGAGAUGCAAUUUGGCUGUUUUAGAGCCCAACACUUAUGCAGAAGCUUCCAAGCAUGACAUAUGGAGGCAUUCAAUGCAAAAGGAGAUACAGAUGAUUGACAAAAAUGAUAAUUGGGAAUUAACUUCCUCACCACAAGAAAAGAAUGCAAUUGGAUUCAAAUGGGUGUUUAGAACCAAGAUGAAUCUUGAUGGCUCCAUUUACAAGCACAAGGCCAGAUUGGUAGUGACAGGAUAUGCUCAGCAUGUUGGAUUUGAUUAUGGUGAUGCUUUUGCACCAGUUGCACGGCAUGACACAGUCAACAUGUUGAUUGCUUUAUCUGCUAACUUUGGCUAGACAAUUUAGCAUAUGGAUGUCAAAUCAGCUAUCUUGAAUGGUCAUUUGUAGGAAGACAUUUAUGUGUAACAACUUGAGGGCUUUAUUAUUUCUAGUCAUGAAGAUGAGGUUUACAAGCUUAGAAAGGCUUUAUACGAGUUGAAGCAAGCACCUAGAUCCUGGUACAGUAGUAUUGAUUCAUUUCUCCUUCAACAAGGAUUUCAAAGGAGUAGGAAUGAGCCAACCUUGUAUGUUAAAUGCAACUCAGGUCAAUCUUCCAAGGAUAUAGCAUUUUCAGUAGAAAAUUUUGAUUCAAAUCUACUUGUUUGUGAUGCUAAAUUAUUGGUUUCUUUGUAUGUUGAUGAUCUAUUGAUUAUUGGUAGCAAUUCACAGUUAUUGCUUAGUUUUAAGGUUGGUUUGAUAAAAGAAUUUGAGAUGUCUAAUCUAAGGGAGAUGAGUUACUUUUAGGCAUGGAAAUUCAUGAACAUGAAUCUGGUAUAUUUGUUUCUUAACAUAAAUAUGCUCUUGAUGUCUUGAAGAAAUUUAGUAUAUAGAUCAAUGCAAGUCUAUGCCUACUCCUUUAGUUCAAAAUUCAAAAUUGACUAUUAGAGAUGGUUAUGAGAAGAUAGAAGCUUCUAUUUAUAGGGGUUUGGUUAGGAGUCUCUUGUACCAUAUUACAACCUGACCAGAUCUCAUGUAUGCGACAAGCUUGUUAUCUACAUUCAUGCAGUCUCCUAGUCAAGCUCAUUUUGGUGCUGCAAAAAGGGUGUUGUGAUAUUUCAAUGGCAUUUUAGAUUAUGGUUUAUGGUUUGAGAAGCAUAAACAUGGAACUUAGCAAUGUUUUUCUGGUAGUAACUGGGCAAGAAGUCAUGAAGAUGCCAAGACCAAUAUCUUUAGUUCUAUAGCUUUUUCUUGGAUGUCUAGAAAGUAAUAGGUUGUUGCUUAAUCAACUGCAAAGGUUGAG